AUGAGUUUCAGCUUUCAUUUAAAAUACUGUCAGAAGACCAGAGAGCUCUCACUAACAGGUAUCCUAAAGAAUGCCUCAUUCGGCCAUUCUUGGGGUGAAAGGACCUUUCGCACCAACCAGGCAUUCCCCUCCGCCCCAUCUUGCAGUGGCCCCCUGCAGCGAGGGGGCUCUGAUAGGUCCGAAGGAUUAAUGGGACUGGCCUGCAGGGCAGAAGCAUCCCUGUCUAUAAAACCUCUUCGCUCCCCAUCGCAAACCGCCUUGUGUUUAAACAGGCAGACCACAGACGCGCUUUUACGCACGACGCACCGUUACGCUUGUUUUGGCAUACAAAGUUUAGGCGCGACUAUGAUUCUGUCCGGUGAAUCUGAGGCGUCUCACCAAACUAGACUGUCUAUUGAAGAGCAUGAGAUUGAUAUAGUGGGCGGUGAAGAGCCUGUCCACCCGCUGGUGUUCCGGACCGAGCGCUCCACGGACGCUGUAUUUUCGACAGAAUCUGGUGCCGAGUUCGACUCCUCAGAGCCCGAUUCCUCCGGGGAAAGCGAGAGCAGCUUCAGUACGGACACUCCGAUGCCCAGGAAGGCUCAGAGUGGCUCGGUAAAGCCUCCGUACUCCUACAUCGCCCUCAUCACCAUGGCCAUCCUGCAGAGCCCACUGAAGAAGCUGACGCUGAGCAGCAUCUGCGACUUCAUCAGCAACAAGUUUCCCUACUACAGGGAGAAGUUCCCAGCUUGGCAGAACUCCAUCAGACACAACCUCUCUCUCAAUGACUGUUUCGUUAAGAUCCCAAGGGAGCCCGGGAACCCGGGGAAAGGUAACUACUGGUCUCUGGACCCUGCGUCUGAGGAUAUGUUUGACAACGGCAGCUUCCUGCGCAGGAGAAAGCGAUUCAAGAGGAACCAGCCGGACUUUAGCAGAGACGGAUUGUUUUACUCUAACCUGAGCAGCUACAGGCCGUACGGACAGCCGUAUGGCGCACAGGGGCAGGUAAAUCUCAUACCCGCUGCUCCUGCUCGGUACAUACCCCUGCAGGAUGGAACUAUGAUGCCCCCUUCUCCUUUCCAUCUUUGUCCGCGGGCUCUAAACGCUCACGGGAAACGCAGUGGGCCUAAAGACUUCAGAGCGCAGCCGUGGUUAACAGAGCCAAAGUCUGGCGCUCAAGCAAAGUGCUCAUUCAGCAUCGACAGCAUCAUGAGCAGACCAUCUCCCAGCGGUGCACGCAACCCACAUCCACCCCACUCUCUUCACGGUGGUCUUGGAUUUGGGUAUCUGAUGUCAAACCCGGCAUCCCGUUUGGUUCCAGCGCUCCUGCAGCCUUUAAAGACUCCCCUGUACUACAGGCCUGCAAUGCCGAGCACAGCUCCUUUAAUAAACGAGCAUCUCCUACGUUCUGUCCCUCAAUGCUGAGGCCACCUGAGACACUUUACAGUCUGUUUUUUUUUUAUUGUUGUCUGUUUCUUAAAGAAAUACUUUGGUUGCAUGACAUUUAUGUGCUUUACCUGUAGCUUUAAAGGGAGUAAUGUAAAUAAGAAGAGUGGUAAUAUAUCUGUGAUAUUGGAUGGUGAGUUGUUUUA